AUGCAUGUGGUGAAAGGAAAAUGGUUUCAUCUGAUAUGGAGCACCAAAAAGGUCAAGACUGUGGGAAUUUCAGACCCUGAUGAUGUUCCUAUGCCCCAAUCCCCAACUGAUAUGGAGGAGGGCGAGAAUCACAAAGGCCCUGUGGUGGACUCGCAAGCGGAGGUUGCAGGUAAGAUUUCUUACAGAGACAAGGUUGUGGAGGGUGAAUGCUUCAACAACCUCUUUUCUCCUCAAGAAAUCUUGGAGUCUGUCCAUGAAGACCUGUGCUUGAAUGAUGCUGGUGACAGAGGGUUGACGAAGGCUAGAGGGCCCUUCAAUCCAAACCCAAUCAUCCCGAUAUCGAUUGAAGAGUACAGCGAAUGGUGCCGGCCAUGGAAGAACUCUCUGAUUGUGAAACUUCUGGGUAAGAAACUGGGCUUUCGGUGGAUGAAUCAACGGCUGCAACGUCUAUGGGCUAGAGAAGGUGAAAUUAAAGUCAUGGACCUGAGUGAAGAUUAUUUUCUGGUUCGAUUCUCGUCUGAGAAUGACUAUAAACUUGCCCUGUUUGAAGGACCUUGGAUGGUUGCUGACCAUUAUUUGAUGAUCCAACGCUGGAGGCCAAUGUUCAAAGCUGAUGAUAGCCAGGUUCAAAAAAUUGCAGUGUGGAUUCGUAUACCAAAACUCCCUGUAGAAUUAUUUACUGAAACUUUCUUGUGGAGGCUGGGUUCUAAUCUUGGCACUAUGCUGAAAAUUGAUACUUAUACCUCUAUUCACACCAGAGGUAGAUUCGCUAGAAUCUGUGUGGAAUUGGACUUGAGCCAGCAGCUGACCCCCACCUUCACUGCUAUGGGUGAUGAGCACCGUCUUGAAUAUGAAGGACUCCACUCAAUCUGCUUCAGAUGUGGACGCUAUGGGCAUAAAACAGACUAUUGCACGGAACCCACUGCAAGCGUUCAAAUGCCUUCCAUUAAUUCCUCCAAAGUGCCUAUCCCUGAGGAGGUGAACCAUGGUUCGUCCCCAUUGGCUAUGGAAGAAGCUAAAGACACCACCAAAGUGCUACCAAAUUCAAAUGGCCAAGAACAACAGGAGCAUACAGAAAUUGAACCCACUAAUUGUUUUGGACCUUAG